GGAGGUCGCGAGCGGUCCCUGGGACUGCAGCGCUAGGCGUCUUGGUGGCCUCGCCUUCGGAGCGGGCCCAGGCGCGUAGCACCGGCGGCCUCGCCCCUCUCGCCCACUGCUGCUCGCCGCCUCCGGCCUCCGCAGCCAGAGAGGACCGUUGGCGGCGGCGCGGCCCAGCCGCGGAGGUCUGAGCGGCCUCCCGCUGCCCGGCUCCGGCGCGCCUCCGUGACACUGGGCGCCGGGAGAUGCUGAUCCGGAAGAGGCAGUGGCCGCAGUGCCGCGCUCGCGGCCGCUCCCGGCCCGCCGUCCGGCCUGGGCUGCUCUGUCAGAGUUUCUGAUGUAACGCGACCCGGGCCCGGAGCCUGAGCGGCGGCAGCAGCAGCAGCAGCAGCAGCGCGGCGGCACCGGUAUCGUCCUAACUUGCACCCGCGGAGUGACCCCAGCCAUUUCACUAAAAUGAGCGUGCUUAGCAGGAAGAGAUGUGUUCCUUACACUAGAAAUCACCCUGUCACAUGUAGCGGUGUCCCAAUUAAUGGAUUCUGACAUGGAUUAUGAAAGGCCAAACGUAGAGACCAUCAAGUGCGUGGUGGUGGGGGACAACGCUGUGGGCAAGACCAGGCUUAUCUGUGCCCGGGCCUGCAAUGCCACCCUCACCCAGUACCAGUUGCUUGCCACCCACGUGCCCACGGUUUGGGCCAUUGACCAGUAUCGGGUAUGCCAAGAGGUGCUAGAACGUUCCCGAGACGUGGUAGAUGAUGUGAGCGUUUCUCUCCGCCUCUGGGACACCUUCGGAGACCACCACAAAGACCGUCGCUUUGCUUAUGGGAGAUCUGAUGUGGUGGUUCUGUGCUUCUCCAUUGCCAACCCCAACUCCCUCCACCAUGUCAAGACCAUGUGGUACCCAGAAAUCAAGCACUUCUGCCCCCGAGCACCUGUCAUCUUGGUGGGCUGCCAGCUGGACCUGCGUUACGCCGACCUGGAUGCUGUCAAUAGGGCCAGGAGACCCUUGGCUAGGCCCAUCAAGCCCAAUGAGAUCCUUCCCCCGGAGAAGGGCCGAGAGGUGGCCAAGGAGCUGGGUAUCCCCUACUACGAGACGAGCGUGGUGGCGCAGUUCGGUAUUAAGGAUGUCUUCGACAACGCCAUCCGGGCAGCGCUCAUCUCCCGCCGGCACCUGCAGUUCUGGAAGUCCCACCUCCGCAAUGUGCAGCGGCCCCUACUGCAGGCGCCUUUCCUGCCCCCCAAGCCGCCGCCCCCGCUCAUUGUGGUGCCCGACCCCCCCUCCAGCAGCGAGGAGUGCCCUGCCCACCUCCUGGAGGACCCGCUGUGUGCAGACGUCAUCCUUGUGCUUCAGGAGCGGGUGCGCAUCUUCGCCCACAAGAUCUACCUCUCCACGUCCUCCUCCAAGUUCUACGACCUGUUCCUCAUGGACCUGAGUGAGGGGGAGCUGGGGGGACCCUCGGGGUCAGGGGGCCCCUGCUCAGAGGACCAUCGGGGUCACCCUGAUCAACACCACCACCAUCACCACCACCACCACCACCACCAUGGCCGGGACUUCCUGCUCCGGGCAGCCAGCUUUGACGUGUGUGAGAGCGUGGAGGAGGGUGGGGGCUCUGGGCCUGUUGGGCUCCGGGCAUCCACCAGCGACGGGAUCUUACGGGGCAAUGGGACAGGGUACCUGCCUGGGCGGGGUCGAGUGCUGUCUUCCUGGAGCCGAGCUUUUGUGAGCAUCCAGGAAGAGAUGACAGAAGACCCACUGACUUACAAAUCCCGGCUGAUGGUGGUGGUGAAAAUGGACAACUCCAUCCAGCCAGGGCCCUUCCGGGCUGUUCUCAAGUACCUGUACACAGGGGAGCUGGACGAGAAUGAGCGAGACCUCAUGCACAUCGCCCACAUCGCUGAGCUGCUUGAGGUCUUUGAUCUGCGCAUGAUGGUGGCCAACAUCCUCAACAACGAGGCCUUCAUGAACCAGGAGAUCACCAAGGCCUUCCAUGUCCGCCGGACCAACCGGGUUAAGGAGUGCUUGGCCAAAGGCACCUUCUCAGAUGUGACCUUCAUCCUGGAUGAUGGCACCAUCAGUGCCCACAAGCCCCUGUUGAUUUCUAGCUGUGACUGGAUGGCUGCCAUGUUUGGGGGGCCAUUUGUGGAGAGUUCCACCAGGGAGGUGGUAUUUCCUUACACAAGCAAGAGCUGCAUGCGGGCCGUGCUGGAGUACCUGUACACUGGCAUGUUCACCUCCAGCCCCGACCUGGACGACAUGAAACUCAUCAUCCUGGCCAACCGCCUCUGCCUGCCGCACUUGGUCGCCCUCACAGAGCAGUACACAGUGACUGGGCUGAUGGAAGCAACUCAGAUGAUGGUGGACAUCGAUGGGGACGUCCUUGUGUUCCUGGAACUGGCUCAGUUCCACUGUGCGUACCAGUUGGCUGACUGGUGUCUUCACCACAUCUGCACCAACUACAACAAUGUGUGUCGCAAGUUCCCCCGAGAUAUGAAGGCCAUGUCCCCAGAAAACCAGCAGUAUUUCGAGAAACACCGGUGGCCACCCGUCUGGUACCUGAAGGAGGAAGACCACUACCAGCGGGCCCGGAAGGAGCGUGAGAAGGAGGACUAUCUGCACCUGAAGCGGCAGCCCAAGCGGCGCUGGCUGUUCUGGAAUAGUCCGUCCUCGGCGUCCUCUUCAGCCGCCUCCUCGGCGUCCCCAUCCUCCUCCUCGGCUGUGGUCUGAGAUGCUGCCACCCUCUUCUGACCCUGCUGCUGUUGUCCCCACUUGUCUUUGCCCCUCUGCCCCUCCGCAUCGCCCCCUCCACCUCCCAGGGACAGAGGACUCGCAUAACCAGGACCCUUUGGGUGGAGCUGCUCUCACCAGCCAACAUAGCUCGGCACAGAGAGGAGGGAGCCUGGCCUCGUGGACCAGAGCAGUGGCCCUGUGCAGAGGUCCUGAUUCCACGGCCAGCCGGGAGACAACUCCUGGGAGGCGGGCGUCGGGGAGAGAGCUGAGGACCGUGACAUCUUGUCUGUGGGUCGGAGAACCCUAACAUCAAAGGGGAAACUCUCCUGCUGGGAAGCUGUGUGUCCUGGUCUGCACAGGCAGCCCCCUCCCAGGGAGCAGCAGUGGGCAGGCAGGGUCCUACCUCUGUUGGCCCCACGUCUCCAUCUAUGGACUUGAAGGGUUACAGAGGCUUUGUGGGCCUUUCCACAUGGAGCCUUG